AUGCCACGAUCUCUCCCUCUAAGCUACCUUGUGGAGAGAAGCACGAGGGGAGGGCUGCAACUCUACAAGGAAGGAAGUGCUGGCCAAGAGAAGGGAGUCUCGUACUACAAGUGGAGUGAGAAGGUCAUACGUAUUCGGGUGAUGCUCAAGAAGGAAGAUCUUGUGCAUGACUCUACUUACAACAUGUCAACGAUUGCUGCAACUAUGGGUCAGCUCCCGCGCUUCGAUGGGCGCUCUCCCGACCCCAAGGUGUGGCUAAGCCAAGCCACGAGGGCGAUGAGGUGCUUCCUUACGAAUGCGACGGACGACCAGAAGCUGGACUACCUCCUCAUGCAUGUCACCGACUCUACCUAUGUGUGGGCGGAAAGCAAGGAGUUCAAGAUGGUGGAGGGAUUUGAGCAAUCAUUCAAGGAUCGGUUCGUUUGGGAGUCCACGACGACAGUGCUACAGAGGCUGACGGUCUUGAAGCAGAAGGUGCAGAUAGUGAUGGAGUUGGCGGAUGAGGUGAGGAAAUUGACCUCCUACAUUAAAGACUAUGCGGUCGCCAUGAUGGUGAGAGCAUUUAUUGAAGGUUUGGAGGAUCCAGGGUUGAGGGAGAAGGUGUUGGGUGGGAGGCCAGUAUCAUUGGAGGCAGUAGAGGAAGCUGCUAAGUACUUCGUGACCUGCGUGCAGCCGCAGGAGAUCGAGGAGGAAAAGAAGGUGGUGGUAAAGGAAGAGUCGGAUGUGGAGAAGAUUACGAAGCAGUUGGAGCGGUUGACCAUGCAGUUGAAUCAAAUGCAGUAA